AUGGAGAUACAGAUAUGAAGAGAUUUCUGAAAUAUAAUGAGAACUGUAUUAUUUUUUAAAUACAAAAACAUUCACGGUUUACAGCAGAUAAACAAGUUUAUUUACUUCGCCAUUUAAGAAGACAUGUCUGAUAAUGUAGCACUGAGUUUUGAAAUGUAUGUAUUUGAGGUUUAGCACUGAGUUUUGAAAUGUAUGUAUGGAGAAGAGGCUCGGUGUCGCCCCCUGCAGGACAGAUGUGAGAACAACGGGUUAAACAUGUUACCAUGACAACAGACUUCAAACACACGCCACUCGGAGCGGAGCGCGAGCACAGCUACAAGUUUCAGGAUUAUUGUUGUAAAUGUUUCCUUUUUACAGAAUCUAAUCUUUUAUAAACAAAUAAAAUGACUUCUCCUCUCUCCACCCUGAGGAAGAACAGACGAGCUCCUCUACCUCAGAGUCAAGGUGAAAGAGGAAGAAGAGAUCAGACGCAGAGGAGCGAUGAAGAGUACGAAGCCUCUCUGCUUAGAGACCUCUUCCCCAAGAGACAGUCAGGGUCAGAGGUCACAGACAGCCUCAACACUUUCAGCUCAAAGGUCAUGCUCAGAAAGAGUCCUAAAGAAGUGCCUCCACCCACUGAUUUUGAGCUGAUGUCCAGCAUGAUGAAGAAACUCACUCAGUUAGAGAGAAAGGUGACGUCACAGGCGCUGGACAUCGACAAGAAGACGAGAAGAAUCGCGGUUCUGGAAGAGAAACUGAAGCUAUUACACGGGAAAGCUCAGAGAGAGAAUCAGGAUGAAGGGGAUGUGAACAGGAAGUGCUACAAGCUGCAGAAGCAGAUCUGGGAGAUGGAGAAGUUUCUGCAGGAUUACGGGAUGAUCUGGGUGGGAGACGGCGAGGACGAGGACGAGGACGAGGAAGAUGAAACCAAACAAUCGUCACGACAACCAGGGCGUGUUCUGUUCUCCGGAGGGUCUUUGGUCAGGAGCUUCUCCGUGAACUUUGACCUGGUGCUGCAGAACAUCCGGGAUCUGAACGUUCUCGCAGGAGAAGGAGGAACUCGCAUCACCUUCGUUCCUGGAGGAGCAAAACUGACGCAGCAGCCUGCUGUAGAUCUGCAGCUCUACUCCAACGGCAUGGUGAUGUUCCACGGCCCCUUCAGACCCUACACAGAACCCCACACGCAGAGAUUCCUUCAGGACCUGAUGGAUGGAUUUUUUCCCACUGAGCUGAAGGACAGGUUUCCUCAUGGUGUGCUCUUUCAGGUGGAUGACAGGCGGGAGGAGGAUUUCAGGGCGGAGUUUCCAGGGAAAGGUCACACAGUUGGAGGGUCAGAACAGGAAGUGAUGCGUUACAGACAGGAAGCGAGUAAAACACACAGCUGUGUACCAGACAGGAAGUUAUCGAUGCAGCAGUUCCUGAAUAAACUCCCGGAGCGUGUGGUGAAAGGAGGAAACGUGAUCAACAUUCGCUCGUCACUCAAACACCAUCUGCAGGGUUGUGACGGUGCUGAGAGUGGUGGACUGAGCGUAAUAGAAACACCUGCGUUACAGACUCUGAGAGAAAGACCGGAGUGUGACGAAGUGUCGGAGAUCUCCAGCCUGCGAGUGAAAUCCGAGGACGGAGAGAAGACGUUUAUUUUGAAAAUGUUCUGCUCUGAGACUAUCGGACAUUUACGCCGAUACCUGGACACUCACAGAGGCAGUAGAGGACCUCCCUAUGACAUCAUCAGCGCGUUCCUGCAUCAGCGUUACCAUAGCGACGAUGACCAAACACUUCUACAGUGCGGUCUGACACCCAACGCCGCCUUGCUGUUGAGGCCCCGCCCACCAGUGACAUCAUAGAAAUGCAAUACGCAAAAAGCCGAAUCAAACACCGCGCCUUCCCAGCCAAUCAGCGGCGAGUACAGAUAGAUCUACACACAGACACGCUGCAUUUCCAAACAUACUGGGAGUACAAUUUUAUAUCUUUACCUCAAACUUUAUAAAAAAACAUCGUUUUCUCUCAGUUAUUAGUUUGCCAUAAAUCAUGUUGAUGCGCUGCCGAGUUCUGGAUCGUGAUUGGUCAGAAGAGGAGGUGCUGAUUAAUCCUGUAGAACAGCAGCUCUGAUCAGUAACAGGUUUUUAUUAACGCGCUCAUCAUCGUUUCCAUAGUAACAGCUGGGUCACAGGGACGUGCACAGCGGAUUCUCGUUAACGUUUAUGGAAGGAGUCUCCAGUGCCAGCGUUUCAGACAUCUUCGGGACAGGGGAGUUCUUUGUGGUUUGGAAGGAACAUUAAAAUGUAACUAUAAACGGAUAAAAAGUACGACGUGUCGAACAUUAAUAAAUAAAACGGUAGCAAAUGUCGGCAAACUGCUGAAGCAGAAGAGGAAUAAAACACUUAUGAAGGAAAAUAAUCAACUUUGGGAUAGUAACUUCAUCACCCUGACAUUCAGCACGCAUGUAGUGCGACACACACACACACAAACACACACACACACACACACACACACACACACACACACUUCAUUACUUUUGCUCCACACCAGCACACAGCACUGUUCAAGUUAACCCUCUCAUGAAUUUAAGAUCUUCCAAAUCUUACCUAACAUCUCUUGGAAAGCUUAGAUUUGGUGAAUGAUGUCACUUCCUCUGACAAGCACCUCCUGAACUGACCAAUCAAACGCAUCUCUGAGCCCGUAUUAGCGCAAAGCAUCGUGACCCGCGCCGUCUAAGAGUGUGUGCAGGUUCUGCCGCUUUCCUCCGUUUCUGUAAAAUCAACCACAGUUCCGUCGUCGUCUGAGAGAAAAACCUUUAUUUCUUAAAAAGUCAUGAACGAACAAACACUUUUAUUUUAGCGUCAGGGCGAGGCGGAGGCUCACUGGCCGGGGAAAUGAACGCUUACAGUACUGAACUGUGAACAACAUCUGGAAGACUCUCUGGGGGAAGAAAAGUACAAAGUCAUUUCUCCUGUCUGAAAUAUGAAACUAAAGCCUUCAUCACACGGUGAACGAAGAAAGAAAAGCAGAAACUCAAACCGUGCUGAUCGCGCUGCCAAACGCGUCAGACAUCACGGGAAGAAAAGACAACACUCGCACGGACACAGAGUGGAAAGAUAUUUUCACGACACACACCACGGUUUUUUAGUUCCGUCCUCGAGUUAUUUACAACGACUGUAACUACACGCAAAGGAAAAAAACUUCAACCCAAAUGUACACAUCAUUCCAAAGCUCGCGCGUGGAGGCGACCGCGUGCCUCUCAUCAUCUCAUUUACACACACGCCGUUAGCAUGCUGAACUGGAGGCUACGGAAACACGCCAUGUUCUGCGCAGGUUGUUUACUCUGACAUCCAAUAAAUAUAAAUAUAAUGACCACGUUCAUUCGCUCACGUUGGAAAGUGAUCACAAUCUGUAUUAAUCGCGCAACAAUAUCUUACGAAUAUUGAGAAAUAGGAGGAUGAUGACGGGAUUGAGUCAUUGCGCAAGUCGUUUGUUGUUUUUGUUUUCUGAGAAUAUUACGCCAUCAUCUGGAGAAGAACAGAGUCGGAAAGAAUUCACUACAGUCACACAGACUGAAGAUCACCGGCGAUCAUCGUUUAUAGCUUUUAUUAAAUUUUUUUUUUUUUUUUUUU